AAAUAAUUGACUGUUUCCAAAUUGAAGUGAUUCUCUUUGGUGCGUCUCCCAGUUUCAUAGGGCUUGCUUGUUGGCCGUGUUGAAGGAAAACAAAACCAUUUUGAUUUCGGGAUUCAUUCUCUUAUUCCUCCCUCCUCGCCAUGUACAGAGCAGCAGCUUCUUCGUUCAGAAGGCAUCUCAAGGGCCAUGGAAGCAAGUUGGGAUCCACUAGGUCUUCCACUUCAACCGCUGUAGCUGCAAGGACUUCCCAAGGUGGUUUGUUUAGCUGGCUUAUUGGGGAGCGUUCUAGUUCUCUUCCUUCUCUGGAUAUACCCCUCGGUGGUGUUGUUCUCCCAGAUCCACUUCCAGAUUCUGUUGAUCAAAGCAAGACCAAGAUCACAACUCUUUCCAAUGGACUUAAAAUAGCAUCAGAGACCUCGCCUAACCCUGCAGCUUCAAUUGGGUUAUAUCUUGACUGUGGUUCCAUCUAUGAGACACCAUUCUCAAGCGGAGCUUCACACAUGCUGGAGCGAAUGGCUUUCAAAAGCACAACAAACCGUAGUCACUUUCGUAUUGUAAGGGAAGUAGAAGCAAUUGGUGGUAAUAUAGGAGCAUCAGCCUCGCGGGAGCAAAUGGGAUAUACAUUUGAUGCCUUGAAAACCUAUGUUCCACAAAUGGUGGAACUAUUGGUUGACUGUGUAAGGAACCCUGCAUUCUUGGACUGGGAGGUCAAUGAAGAGCUUCGGAAGGUGAAAGCAGAGCUUGGAGAACUGUCCAACAAUCCUCAGGGCUUGCUUUUGGAAGCAAUUCACUCUGCUGGUUAUUCUGGUGCAUUGGCUUAUCCUCUCUUGGCUCCUGAAGCAGCAUUGAACAGAUUGGGUGGCCCCAGUUUGGAGGAAUUUGUUGCUGAGAAUUACACGGCACCUAGAAUGGUACUUGCAGCAGCUGGGGUUGAGCAUGAAGAACUUGUAUCUAUUGCUGAGCCACUUCUCUCUGAUCUACCAAAUGUCCCCCGUCCUGAUGAACCUAAAUCUGUCUAUGUUGGAGGUGAUUUUCGUCGUCAUGGUGAAUCAGGGGGUACACAUGUUGCUCUUGCUUUUGAGGUGCCUGGUGGAUGGCAUAAAGAGAAAGAUGCUAUAGUUUUGACUGUUUUACAGAUGCUUAUGGGAGGCGGUGGGUCAUUUUCAGCAGGGGGCCCUGGAAAAGGGAUGCACUCAAGGCUAUAUCUUCGUGUGCUGAACGAAUAUCAACAGAUUCAAUCCUUUUCUGCAUUCAACAGCAUCUUCAAUAAUACAGGAUUGUUUGGCAUUUAUGCAAGCACUAGCCCUGACUUUGCGCCAAAGGCUGUGGAUAUAGCAGCCAAAGAACUAAUAGCAAUUGCUUCCCCUGGACAAGUUACACAGGUGCAGCUUGACCGAGCCAAAAAAUCCACAAAGUCUGCUGUUCUAAUGAAUCUGGAAUCUAGAAUGAUUGCGUCAGAGGAUAUUGGAAGGCAGAUUUUGACUUACGGAGAAAGGAAGCCUUUGGAACAGUUCCUGAAGGCCGUAGAUGAAAUCACGUUGAACGAUAUCACCAAAAUUUCUCAGAAGAUUAUUUCCUCACCUUUGACCAUGGCAUCAUAUGGGGAUGUCCUUAGUGUGCCCAGUUACGAAUCUGUAAACAGAAAGUUCCAUGCAAAAUGAAAUUGCAUGUGAUCCACCCUAAUGUCACUAUAUUUCCCGGAUCACUGCCAUGCCCACUUCCAAUUUUCAAGUUACACAGAAUCAGCAACGCUGAAAAUAAAUCCCAGAGAAAUUUUUGUGCGGAUCUGAGGAACCAUUGUUUAGGUUCCAUGUUUGUUUUUUUUACAUACAGAACAAUUUGCCUAGUGUAUUAGGUGGCAUAGUCUAAAACUAAAGGCUAACGAUCACCUUUUUUUUUAUAAAUUGAUUUUCUCAUUUCUUAGA